GCAGUGGAUGUGCUGAGGCUAGAGUAGCCACCAUUUUGCAUGUCUAGUGUGUUCCUCCCUCCAUUGCUAAUAGAGACGAUUCCAGUUCUUUUCUGGCAUCAUUACGCCUCAGAAUGCCAGCUCCGAUCAGACUACGGGAGCUGAUCCGGACCAUCCGGACAGCACGGACUCAGGCAGAGGAGCGCGAGAUGAUCCAGAAAGAGUGUGCUGCUAUUCGGUCGUCUUUUAGAGAGGAAGACAACACAUACCGAUGCAGAAAUGUGGCAAAGUUACUCUAUAUGCACAUGUUGGGCUACCCAGCCCACUUUGGACAGCUUGAGUGUCUGAAGCUGAUUGCCUCCCAGAAGUUCACUGACAAACGAAUAGGUUAUUUGGGAGCUAUGCUGCUUCUGGACGAGAGACAGGAUGUUCAUUUACUAAUGACAAACUGCAUUAAAAAUGAUUUAAAUCACAGCACACAGUACGUCCAAGGCCUGGCUUUGUGCACUUUAGGCUGCAUGGGAUCCUCAGAAAUGUGUCGUGACCUGGCAGGGGAGGUAGAGAAGCUGCUUAAAACAUCCAACUCAUACUUAAGGAAAAAGGCGGCAUUGUGUGCAGUUCAUGUCAUCAGGAAGGUCCCAGAGCUCAUGGAAAUGUUCCUCCCAGCCACAAAAAACCUGCUGAGUGAGAAGAACCACGGUGUUCUUCAUACAUCCGUUGUCCUCCUCACUGAGAUGUGUGAAAGAAGUCCGGAUAUGCUGGCCCACUUCAGAAAGAAUGAGAAGCUGGUUCCACAGUUGGUGCGAAUCCUCAAGAACCUAAUAAUGUCUGGAUACUCUCCUGAACAUGAUGUGUCGGGCAUAAGUGACCCUUUCCUGCAGGUGCGAAUUUUGAGACUACUGAGAAUUUUAGGAAAGAAUGACGACGACUCAAGUGAAGCAAUGAAUGACAUUCUGGCACAGGUUGCAACAAACACAGAGACGAGUAAAAAUGUAGGUAACGCAAUCCUGUAUGAGACCGUACUGACCAUAAUGGACAUCAAGUCUGAAAGUGGACUGAGGGUUUUGGCCAUUAACAUACUAGGCCGCUUCCUUCUUAACAAUGACAAAAAUAUAAGAUAUGUGGCGUUGACCUCUCUUCUAAAGACGGUACAAACAGAUCACAAUGCAGUGCAGAGGCAUCGGAGCACCAUUGUGGACUGUUUAAAAGACCUGGACGUCUCCAUUAAGAGACGUGCAAUGGAGCUGAGUUUUGCCCUGGUGAACGGCAACAACAUUAGAGGCAUGAUGAAGGAGCUGCUCUACUUCCUGGAUUCCUGUGACCCAGAAUUCAAGGCAGACUGUGCAUCAGGAGUGUUUCUAGCUGCAGAGAAAUAUGCUCCUUCAAAAAGAUGGCACAUAGAUACCAUUAUGAGAGUACUGACAACAGCUGGAAGCUAUGUGCGAGAUGACUCUGUCCCCAACCUAAUUCAGCUAAUCACAAACAGCGUGGAGAUGCACGCCUAUACAGUGCAGAGACUUUACAAAGCCCUGCUGGACGACAUUUCACAGCAACCUCUUGUUCAGGUUGCAUCAUGGUGCAUAGGAGAGUAUGGAGACCUUCUGGUAUCAGGACAGUGUGAGGAGGAGGAACCCAUCCAGGUGACUGAGGACGAAGUUCUGGAUGUGUUGGAAGGUCUUCUGGUGUCCAAUCUGUCCACGCCUGUAACCCGGGGUUAUUCCCUCACUGCUAUCAUGAAGCUAUCUACUCGUUUCAGCAGUGUCAACCGAAUCAAAAAGGUGGUUUCAAUAUAUGGGAGUAGCAUUGACGUGGAGCUUCAGCAGAGAGCCGUGGAGUACAAUGCACUUUUCAAGAAAUACGAUCAUAUGAGGCCAGCUCUUCUUGAACGUAUGCCUAUUAUGGAGAAAACAGCCUCUAAUGGUCCCACAGAAAUCGUACAGACAAAUGGUGAGACUGAGCCAUCUUCAGUGGAGCCAAAACAUCCACCUCCUGUUACUCAACCAACAAACCAAGCUAAUGAUUUGUUAGACUUGUUGGGUGGUAAUGACAUGGUCCAGGUAAUCCAGACUACGAUGCCCACAAAGCCUGCCUCAGCUGGAGGAGAGCUGCUCGACCUGCUUGGAGACCUCUCACUAAGUGGUGGUCCAGCACCAGCACCUGUUUCCUCAGUGCCCGCUUCCCAGCCUCCUUUCCUUCUGGACGGACUCUCUUCACAACCCAUGUUUAAUGACAUUGCAGCUGCAGGUAUCCCUUCCAUGACUGCAUACAACAAAAAUGGUCUAAAAAUAGAUUUUACAUUUGAGAGAGCAAACCCAAACCCAAACAUCGCAGUCAUCACUAUCCACGCCACCAACUCGACAGAGGCAGAAAUGACUGACUUUGUUUUUCAGGCUGCAGUUCCAAAGACCUUCCAGCUGCAGCUCCUUUCCCCCAGCAGUAAUGUUGUCCCAGCACUCAACCAGGGAACUGUAACACAGGUCAUCAGAGUCCUCAACCCACAGAAGCAACAACUACGAAUGAGGAUCAAACUUACCUACACCCACAAAGGCUCCGCUGUGCAGGACCUGGCAGAGGUUAAUAACUUCCCCCCACAGUCGUGGCAGUGAUGACCCGCUCCUGCUGUCCUUAAACCCCUCCCCCACCUAGGGAACUAUGAAAACGAUUUUUCUCUUCACCCUUUCACCUUCUACCUUUCCCCCAACGGAUCCCCCUGUGACGUCACUGCACACCGCUGCCACAGAGUUGCAUGGGAAGCAGCAGAGCAUCAACCACAGGAGAACAGAGCAGAUGUUACGAAGACCCUUGUCGGCAUUACAAGAGUAAUUUGGGGAAAACAUAUCAAUCAUCAAACUUUCUCUUUUCGCUCUUAAUUGAUCUCUACUUCGUGUGCUGAUGUCUUUUUUUUCUCACACCUCUUCCUCCUAGCUCCAUCACCCCUCCCAGAAGGAUUCAUGUUGUACAAUCCACUGGUGUACUUUAUCUCUGAAGUGACUGUUGGGGAGGAGAAAAAAUGGGUCGCCCUCUUUUGGCCCCUAUUUCUUUUAAACCUAAAAUGCAGUUUGAGGCACUUUGCUUUCAUUUUGUUUUCCACUUAGAACAUCAGUCCUAAAAUGGCAGCAGGAAAAACUUUGAGUCAUAACAAACCUCUUUUUUUUCCCUCCACACUGUCAGCGGUAUAACUUCAGAGUUGUAUUCAUUCUGAAUUACAUUAAUUUGCUAUAUGCAUGUGUGCUGGGGUCACAGUCACAUCUAGACUUGUGCUCCAAGAGGAUUUUCUGAUUGUUUGUAGACCUUUUUAUCUAACUGGCUGGGUUCAGAGCGCCCUCCGCUGCCCCCCUCCCUAAUUAACACCUCAUCUGUAGAUCUGUAUAAGACGGCAAGUUUGAUGUAUUACAGUGAAUACAUUAUUGCUCUGUAACUUAUCUGGAAACAAAUUGCACUUGUGUUGAAAAGAUCUGUUUUAAACUUUUCCUGCAUCGGUCUCGUCAGUCUAGACCUCAAAUUGAUUUAUAUUUCUGAUUUGUUUAACCUGGUUAAACUCUGUCACCAUGCUUAUCCAUGUUAAUGAAGUUGGUGAUGAAUGUAGUAACUUGCACUGAAUGAGUUUCCUUUUUCCAUCUCUAAUUUGUCUUCACACACCUUCUUUGUCUAGAACGCUCACCUUAUCAACACUGUUUGUUCUUUUUUUGUUUCUUUGUGAGAGUAUGUUAAAUUUGACUUAAUUUAUGCCUGAUAUGUAAGUGAUGUGCCUUUCUGACUUAGCUGGAAAAAAAGGAUGGAAAAAAGCCCCCGAGUCGUUAAUGAGCUGCAUUUAUUAAUGAUUGCACAAUGACUCUGUGGGUUUUUAUAGAUUUAAAUCAGUCUAUCACUUCAUUGACAACUAAAAUACCACUAAUCUGCACAAUGUUGGUCCAUGAUAGUUUUGCAAAUUCCUAAAUUAUAGUGGAAUAUUAGUAAUUUUUUGUUUAUCUUUCACCUUGACUGCUUUUUAAUAGAAAUUAGAGACCACAAUAUUUAGAUUACAAAAUUAAAGGUAAUGGCAGCUAGUGUAUGUAAAUUUAAAUAAGCUGGCUUAAAAUAUUUUUCCAGUCCUACCCAAACUUCCAAAUACCAAAAGAUAGAAUUAGACAAAAAGCUAAUGAGACUUAUAGUUUCUGUUUUUUUAGAGCUGUCUUUACUUUUGUCAGAAUCUUGACCUCGCCGUCAUCGGGAAUAGUAACCUUAAUACCUCACCGUCUCUUUCUGUUAACGUUUAGCAGCUUUGUUUAGUCACCAAAGCAUCUGCAUGAAGAAAACUAAGCAGUUCGUAUGUCUCUUUACCCAACUCUACUCACAGCCUGGCUAUGCUUCAUUAAAGCCCGCCGAUGUUUAGCUUGGCUGUGUUAACUCCUAUUAAGCUUUCUCUCUUUUAACUUCUGUGACCAAAUCAGAGAUAAUCUAUUAGCUUUGGAAAUCUUUUUUGAGCUCAUGUGUAUAUGGAGAAAUCUUUUCCGGUUGAACCUUUUCUUCUAUUAGUUGAUAAAUGCUAUAUUGGCUUGUUUUUUUUCUGUACAUAUUGAGGGCUUUUACAAUUGUUUGUUGUACUUUCUUUUUUUAGAUAUCAUUUUUCUAAACAAAUUCCAACUACUCACAAUGUACAUUGUCUUAAUAGGUUUAGUCGGCAUUGGUCUAAUAAGACUCCUCUGUAUCAUCACUCAUUGUAAAAGAUUUAUCAUCUGCUGCCUGUACAUUGUAUAUAGUUGUAAAACAAAAACGCUGAUCAGAUUAAAUAAAAUCCACAUAAAAGAUUAGUUGGAAAGUAUGUAUGCAUAUAUGUACAAGAGAAAUCUUCCAAAGGAUGUGAUGGAGCUUUCAUUUGAUUUAUAUAUAGUAAUGUUUGAGACAUUAGAUGUCAUGUCCUAGCAUCAUGGAUGGGAGGUUUGGUUUCUGUGGAUGAUGGCUUAAUAACCUGGAUAUAACACAUUCCCUCUGAAUGAUGCACCGUACUACUGAGGAGCAGCAACAUGCCUUUUGCUUCUCCUGGUCCUUAAACGCGUCAUGGCUCCAUUACCUGUUGCAGAGUGGCUCUCUUUCCAAGAUGCAUCAGUUUAGGUUGGCCUUAUAUGCACUAUUGAUCUCCUCUUUAACUGUUUGGAUUGUUUUUAGCUAGAUUUUAGUUUUGGUGUGUUCUCUCUUCAUGAGUAAGAAAGGACACUUUUAACUGCCAUACCUGCUUUUUUUUGUGUGUGUCACCCCAUGGCAAGACAGUUUAUUUUCAACCAGCACGGUUCAGUGAUCAUUUAAGAUCCAAAAUUACGUGAAAGCUCAGCUGUUUUGUAAUACAAUUCUUCUUUUAGAGCCUUUUUUAUGGUUUUCUUUAAUCUGCUUCUGUUUAAUGGAGGCAAACCAGCUGAAGCGUGUGAUCUCAAGAGGCAAAAUGAAAUGCUGGCAGGAUGAGAAAGGAGGUCUUAUACACCUAUUUCUGAAUGUUUUUUUUUCUUGUGUGUGUGAGAGUGAGCUUAUUGAAACUAUGUACCCUCGUUAAUCAAAUCAGUUUUUUUUUCUAUUAAGCUGUUAAAAUUUUACAAAUAGAAGUGAGCCCAACGUUAAUGCUUUUGACACUAUAACUGAGGAAGGAAACGACCACCUGUCGGUGUGGUCAGGUAUAUAUGUGUGCGUUUUGUGUGUGUAUCAGAUUAUCUUUGAGAGAGUGUGAUGGUGUGAUAUCUGUCUUUUAUCUGCCUAGGACGUAAUUCUUUGGCUGCAAUCUCGACCCUCAGCUUCUGAGCUGCAUGUGAAGAACUGUAAAUAAGGUUGUUUCUACUUUGGACAAGAAACGUUUUUUUUGCAAAUGCAAGAAAAGUUUAAAACUCCUGUUAUGGGACAGCACGAAUGUGCAAUUAGAAAUCAUUCAUCGUGAGCUUAGGACUUGUUACUGUCAUUUCGGUUUUUGCUUCGUUUUAAGUGCAAAGAAAAUGCAAAGCCAUUAUCUGCAUCCCUUGGGUGUUUUUGUUCUUUCUUUCAUUGGGAUGAAAUCGCUUUGUAAAGGGCUUGGAAGAGCAUCCAAAUGAGCAUUAUGGUCCAUAUGUUUAUUUUUAAAGAUAGGAAAGAAAAACUGCAUUCACUCU